AUGGACAACGUGAACUUGACUUCUCUCCCUCCUUCAAUGCUUCAUAAGAUUCUCUCUAAAGUAUUAAUGACCGGUAUCCGGGACUUUGGUUGUGCAAGGAUUGCUUUUCCGGGGUUCAAUGAAGUGGGAAGAGAUGAUCACUUCUAUAGAUCGGCUGAUCUCAUUUUCUUCAAUGACUGGGCAAACGAGGUCAAUGCUAUUCGAGCUUUCAAGGUUAAAUGCUACCGUUUGGGUAAUCCUGAGGCAAUCUAUCUGAGAGGUAUGUACGAGUACUUCUUCCUCCAUUUACUUGAUGAAGGAAGGGAAAAAAUACAUCGUGCUGCUGAGAGAGGGUGCGUGUUGGCACAAUUUGUAGAUGCUAUGAUGAACUUAGCAUUUAGCGUUGAUGGUAGAGGAAUUGUUCACAACUACCCUGCUUUUACUCAUCAACAUGUUGACGAGAUGUUUCAAAUCAUCACUGGUUGGAAAAUCGGACACAACUGGGAUUACGAAAAACCUCCCACGUUUAUAUCUGUGGCUGAAAGGAUAGAUCCUAAUGUGCCACAUUCUUGCUGGUGCUCCAACCUAGACCCUCCAAUGUUUAUAGUCUCCCUAGAUGGAUCAAGAUUGCGGUGGAAAUGCGAUCGUUGUUUCUGGAAUUGUGCAGCUUGGGAGUUCUGCUAUGCCAUACACUUAACUGCUCGUGCCUGGCCCAUUGAAGAUUAG